GGGGGAUCAGAAGGAAGGAGGAAUCUACCCGGCUGGUUUAAAAAAGAGGGGGCUUCUUUUAUAGCAUUUUCCCCCCCUUUCCCCACGAUUGUGGAGGACGAGGUGGGGGGGGGGAGGGAGAGAAAGAAAGGAAGCGGAUUGUAGAGGACGGGAUCUUUUUCUUUUUUUUUUCUUCCUCUGGAUCGCGAGCCAGCAAGUCUUGUUCCUUGACUUUCGAUCAGCCUGCCAAAAGAAUUAUACGGUUCUUCCUUCAGAACUCAUGAACAUCCGGAGCAGUGGCGAAAGAAAGCAGUAAUUGCCCAACAAGGUCCCUUUUCUCUGCCUGUCUUCAAGCAGGAGGUGGUUCAGUCAAUAUGUGAUAAAAUUCUGUCACAGACACCCAUGUUGGAAAAGACACUGCCUGAAUUAUCCCAGAGCACCAUAAUGACGGAGGAAGCUUGCAGGACACGAAGUCAGAAGCGAGCACUUGAACGGGAAAUCACCCAAAACGACGUGGACUGUAAAAAAAUGAAAAUGGACAAAGGGCUUUUGGGGGGGCCCGAGGCCAACUCCGAAGGGGGGGACCUUAAGCUAAAGACUGAUUCUGGAUCUAGUAAAGUCCAAGGAUUAUUAAAAGGAGGGGAGAUGAAAGCAACCAUCAGAGUGGAAGUUCAGACGGGAGAUGAGCCGGUGGAUAUGAGCACCUCAAAAAGUGAGGUAAAGCGAGAGAGGAGAGUCCCUUCUCCUGAUGUAAUAGUACUAUCGGACAACGAGCCGUCAAGCCCAAGAAUGAAUGGAUUAACCAAAAUAGCAUUAAAAGAGACCAGCGCAGAAGUGCUAAUGAAAAGCAGCCCAGAGGAACGGGAACGAAUGAUUAAACAGCUGAAGGAAGAACUGCGGUUAGAAGAAGCCAAACUUGUCUUACUGAAAAAAUUACGACAAAGUCAGAUACAAAAGGAAACAACAGCCCAAAAGCCUGCUGGUUCCUCAGGAAAUGCCGUAGCAACACCUCCCCCAUUAGUGCGGGGAACACAGAACAUUGCAUCCGGCAAGUCAGCCCUUCUACAGAACGCUUCUUCACGUAUUCCUGGGACUGUUAUUCCUCCUCCUUUGAUCCGGGGUGGGCAGCAGACAUCUUCAAAGCUGGGCUCUCAACAGAACACGCAAAUAGUCAUGCCACCUCUAGUCCGAGGAGCACAGUCCAUCUCUGUGUCUCCCCAGCAAAUCCACAACAUCCGCCCGCACUCCAGCUCGGGGCCUCCUCCGCUGCUCCUAGCUCCACGGGCUUCCGUUCCCAGCGUGCAGAUCCAGGGCCAGCGGAUCAUACAGCAGGGUCUCAUCCGCGUUGCCAAUGUCCCGAAUGCGAGCCUUUUGGUCAACAUCCCGCAGGCUUCCCCAACUUCAUUGAAAGGUGCAGCUGGGACGUCCGCCCAGGUGAACGCUUCGACCGCCACCAGCGUUGCUUCCAUCGUCAACUCGAACGACUCUCCUGCCAGUCGGCAAGCAGCUGCUAAGUUGGCAUUGCGGAAACAGCUGGAGAAAACCCUGCUGGAAAUUCCUCCACCCAAACCUCCUGCUCCUGAAAUGAGCUUCCUGCCCAGUGCAGCUAACAAUGAGUUCAUCUACCUGGUUGGGUUGGAGGAAGUUGUGCAGAACCUACUAGAAGCUCAAGGUAAAGUCUCCGUCAGCCCCUCCUCGCAGGAGCCCUACACCUGCGUCCAGUGCAAGACGGACUUCACCUGCCGCUGGAGGGAAGAGAAGAGCGGCUCCAUCAUGUGUGAGACGUGCAUGUCCUCCAAUCAGAAGAAGGCGCUGAAGGCCGAGCACACGAGCCGGCUGAAGGCCGCCUUCGUGAAGGCCUUGCAACAGGAGCAGGAGAUCGAGCAGCGGAUAUUGCAACAGGCCGCCUCCCCGAUUCAGAGCAAGCCAGAACAGAUAGCUCAGCAGCAUCACUCGCUCAAACAGGCCUCCAGCCAGCUGCCCCGAAGUGCCAGCACCCCUCGCGGAGUCUUGCAUGCAUUUAGCCAGUCGCCCAAGUUGCAGAACGCCUCCGGUGUGGCCGUACUUGGUGGCAGGCAAGGUAAGCGUGCUCAGAGACCCAUCGGCAAAGGAGGUGCUUACACUUGGAAGAAGACACCCGUCAAUGCAGGAGGGACGUUGAACUUCGUUAACCCUAGUCUCACCGUGCACAAAACCACCUCCUCAGCCGUAGAUCGCCAGCGCGAAUAUCUCUUGGAUAUGAUUCCUCCACGGUCCAUCCCUCAAUCGGCCACAUGGAAAUAACGCAGGAACCUCCGCCCCGAGUGGAAGACUUCAAAAAACAAAACAAAAAAUUUUUUUUUUUUGUCUAUUACAUCUUCUUGGGUUUUUUUUUUCUUCUCCUCCUCCUUUUUGAUUCUGCCAUUUUUUCCUCCGAAAUCUCUCCACGCAGUGGAAAAGCCGCUUUCAAGUCGUAACUGGAUCUGCCUGCGGGGUUUGCCGGAAAGUAUUUUUUACAUAUACGUAGCUUCCUGCUGGAUAGAAAUGGACGCUCGAAAGGGUGGUAAUGAACAUUUCGGCUACCGAGUUCUUGCAAACUCUUUUUUUUUUGUUGGCUGAUGGUUGAGACCAUCCCCGAGGAGAAUCUCAAUUUAAUAUUAUUGUUUUCUCUGUGUAUUUUGUCUCUUUAGUUUGGGGGUUAUUAUUAUUUUCUCUCUCUUUUUUUUUUUUUUGAUCAGCACUAGAAUGGAACAAGGACUCAUGCAAGAGAUUUGAUGGCUCAAUGGCUUCCGGUCUCAGUCCCUUCCCUUCUUACAUACCAUCUCUCUCUCUUUUUUUUUUUUUAAAGUUACGUUAAGCUGAAUUUUACUUUGGUUGAUCAUACAGUGGCCCUUCGUGACCAAGGAUGUACUUCUUCACUCGUUCAUAGAAAGCAGAAGCGGGACCCGGCAACAUUGGGGGAGGGGGAAAAAUCCCAGAAAGCUGGACCGGUUUCCUCACGGCUUUGUUUUCUCUAAACCCCACUAUUUCCUGAGGAGGCUCUAUUCCAAAGGCUAACAGCAGGAGUUUGGUGUUUUGAGUUUGGAGGUUUCGUUUUGUUUUCUUUUUAACCCAGUAAUAACUUAUACUACGAGCAAAUGCAGACAGACUUGCCACCGCCAGAAGAAAUGGAGCAACCGAACACGGAGGAUGUGCAUCUUCUUGUUUUCGGGGUUUUUUUUUUUUUUUUUUUAAUAAAUAGAAUCUUGUUUCCGACAGAUGUUCUGCUCUGGACCUUUGCUGGUUUAAAGAAUUACUGGACAGUUUAUAUAAAAACAGCUCUAUUGAACCUCCUCAGUCUGAAACGAAUGAACAGGUUGUUCUUUUUUUGUUGUUGUUUUUGUUUUGUUUUUUUAAAAAAAGAAAAAUAUGAAAAAAAAUAAGUCUGACGCUCCCAAAGAGAAAAGUGAGCCGUGUGGAGAUGGAUAUUUUUUUUUCCUACAAAAAAAUGAAACAAAAACCCAACAUCUGAUUGAAUCUCCCUUCCCCUUUUCAUUUUUUUUUCUAGAAAGGUUUUUAACUUGGCUGUCUUAAGAACAGUGUGCAAUUUAGUCACAUGGAGCAGAAGGGACCAGAGGAGUACAUUUUUUUGUGUUUAAAAAAAAAAAGAAAUAAAUAAAAACAACACCACGAGACAAAAAGUCCACAUCUCUCUUGCUACCAAUUGUUAUGGGGGAAAAGAAAACAGCCUUGCCAUAGGUAAAUCGUUAUAUUACUGCUGCCCUCCGUACAUGUUGGACUAAGCUCCCAUAAUUUCCAGCCAGGGGCACAAGUAGAGGGUGCCUAGUGUAGGAAAAAAACAAAACACAACACAGGGUCUCCGGCUUUAUAAAGCACAACAUGGGUGCAAACAGCUGUUGUCUCUAGUAUGUUCAAUCCCAUCCUUAGAAAUGUAACCGAUUUUUACUACUAGCAUCUUGACUAAUGAUGGCUUUAAACCGCACUUCCUCUUCCCAUGCUCCCUGCCAAAUUCAGUGAAAUACGGGAAAAAAAUGUCAUAGUCUUAUUUUUCCCCUUCGAUGCCAUUUUUUUUUUAUAGUAGAGGCAGAAGUACAGACUUUUCUAUACCUAUUCAUACUAGCGUAUUGGUACUAGAUCUAGUGCUGAUAUUUGUUGCAAAAAAAAAUUAUAUAUAAAUAAAUGCAUAUAUAAAUAUAAAUAUAUAUAAAUAUAUAUAUAUAAGACUAUAUAUAAAGCAGGGUGGGAGGGGAUUAAUACUGUGCAGGCAAACCUUUUUUUGGGGUCGGGGGUCUGGAAUUUUUGUUAGCAACAAGUGAGAUGCCUAAUUUAAGAACAGACCUACAAAUGUUACUGUAUCAGGAAGGGCUCCCGUUCCAAUGACAGCUCUUGCAUUUUAAUUAAAAAAAAGUUCCUCCUAAUUCCCCCUUUUUUCCUUUUCUGUAAGCUUGAGAAUAUUUAGAUAUAAUGUUUUAAAGUUCUGGUGGAUAGCAAGCGUUAUAGGGUUUUAAUUUUUCUGUACACAGUUCUUCUGAAUUUCAGUGUUUGUGGCGGGGCCCGCUUUUGUUUGUACAUCAAAACUAUUGCUUUACUCUCCAUCCUUACCUCUGUUUGAAUUUAGUGGGCUUUAAAAGCAUUCUUGUUAAUUUUGUACCCAAAGUUAAGAUACCUUAAUGCCGGAGUGGUUUUUUUAUCUCUCUUGCACUUCAGUUCCAUAUAGAAUGUUGCACCUGUAUAAACAAUUGGAGUUCCAUUCUCCUAAAGAACCUAUCUAAUUUCCAGAUUAACCCCAAGGCUUCUCUGAUGGGUCAAAGUAGACUUAAAACUGGUAUGAAGCUGUAGUGUAGACAUAACUGUUCAAUUUCUCUAGCGUUUUUUCACAUUUGCAUCAUUGGUCUGCCUUAGAUUGGAUGCAAAUCGAGGUUUGCAUUUCUGAAAUUCUAGCCUUGCUUUUUGCGUAGGAGCUGGAUUAACUUACAAAUCAGGAAGGAUAGGUUUGUCCACGUGAAGUUUUAAAGCUGGAGCAGUUUGACCAACAGUUGUGAACCUGUGUUUCCAAAAGCCAUUUCUUUUUUUAAAAAAGAUGAAAACCCCCAGCCGUGUCAGAAAUCUCUUUUUGAUCCGGGUUGGAAAUUGUCCAGGAAAUUUUGGAGGUCCACAAAAAUAAAUCUUUAACUUGAAGCAA